AUAAAAGUUCAAAUCAAAAGUCAAAUACCACGAAAUGGUACAUCGAUCGCUUGUUCUGCGUACCUUAUCACCAUGGCAACCUGAGCAUAUAACAUAAGCAUUGAUAAUAUCAUAAAUUACAGUACAAUCAUUCACCCAUCGCUUUCCACACACUUGCAUACUUAAACAUACACAUAGAUAACUGUUCACAUUUUAUAUUACACUUCACUCCAAUUUUACCACCGUACCAAGCAACACUUAUCCCACUCACCGACAACUUUCACAAAUAAAUACGCGUCUCCAAUCAUGCCCAAGGUGGAGGAAGGACCCAUUGUGGUCCUAGUCGAAAAACUACCUUCAGGGGAAAUCGUGGAAUUGCCCCUGGGGACGGCAUGCGACUGCAAAACAGGAAAACAAAUCAAUGGUACUCCACCGACUGGAUUUCCAACCGAAGAUGUCGAACUUCUUCCUAUUCGUACCCUAAAAUACGAUUUGCAUCAUAUUCGUGACACUACUGAAAAAGAGCAAACCCUUGAAAUGGGCUUGAGCCUCGUUCUUCAAACGCUGAUCGGUCUAAGCAUCACGAUUGGAAGUGUUUCCUAUAAGUCAAAAUACAACAGUAAGUUGGACGUGGAGCAUUUGCAAGUUUACUACUAUCGUGAAGACAGGGUCAAGAGGUUGCUGCCAUCGGAGGCGGUCAGAAAUAAGAUCACGGAAGCUUAUCCCAAUAUUGGGACGACUGCCACACACGUCAUCACCGAAGUCUACGAAGGUAUUCACCUCGUCGCCAAUGUAUACAUUAAGACGUCCAAAUCCUCCAAAAUGGUUAAUAAAACAGCCUCCGGACUUGGAGCUUUGAUCAUCGGACCGAUCAGUGCCGGAAUCGAGGCCGGUUUAAAAGCCGUACUUGACAAGGCACCCAACUCGGUCACGAUCGACAUAGAAGUCGAUGGAAAUGUGACCUUUGAAUCCGAAAUUAAAACGGCACAACAGCUAUUCGCCGAAAUUAAGAAAUUGGACAACCUUCCCUCUGGGGUUAUGAAGCCGCUGAAGUACUUUGCCGUUCCGGUCACCCAAUUUCUCAAUCUGGAGGCUGUUCCCGAGAUUGACGUCAUACCCGACUUUUUUCUCCACCCGCUCAACCAGAUGAUGGCCAAUAUUAAGGAUUAUCGUAACCCAGAGGAUGAGGCGGAAAACGAGGAGGACCGGAAAUCCUCCCAUUUCAUUAAACGGAUCGAGCAGGCCGACUUCAAGCUCAAGAUAAUCUUGGAAGAUGUCCGGAAUCCUCUAACUUCUGUUAUUAUACCGAUACAAGAAGGCUAUAAUAGCCUUGCUACGACCUUAUACUCAAGCGGAAAGGGUUUAGUCGAAGGUAUUCAAACCGGAGUUACGAAGGAACAUGAAAUCACAGCCUUACUUGCAGAUUAUAAGAAUAGGUUUGACCUAAAACGUUUAAACUCUGAGGUGGAGGACUAUAUUCGACAAGGAAAACGACAGCUGGCACUAAUAAACGCAGACGAUGUGGACCAAUUUACGAAAGCUAAUUUCCUCGGGAGCUUAUCCAGCUUGAGAUCCCUCCUGGCCGAGGAGCGUCCCUCCUUCCAUGUCGAACUACAAACCAUGGAGGAUAUCAACAAUCCCCCACCGAACGGUUUGUUUCUCGCAGCAUACAACCUCUCUGCAAAAAUGGGGGUUUACAUCGUUACGCCAAACGCAUCGACAGAAUUUUCUCUAAAAAUAGUAGCAAACUCGGAAAACAACUACACGUGCACCGGGUAUACUGAAAUAAUGACUGCGUUAGCCAUUCUAACGGCCGCAGCUGGCGUGGUUGGGGGCCCUGCUUCUAGAUUCUAUCAGGCAUUAGCUUCCAUGCGAGACUUGGCGCUUCCACUUAAAGAGGCAGAACUUAACCUUCAAUUUUUAAAUUUCUUGAUCGAAUGUUUAGAAAAGUAUGGAAACGUGAAAAUGUUUGCGACAUUUUUGAGCUUAAAGUCGCACGUGUUAGAGAUCGGUGAAAACGAACCGAACACAAUUAUCAUCUGUCUCCCGGUAUCAUCCUUUCUCUCUCUGGUCGAAGCGACAGAGGCGUUUAAACGGCUGAACGAAAAACUAAGAGCAAACGGUACAUAUUCCUUUGUCGUUGGAACGUUCGACCUGGAACUGGACGAUGCUCCUCUCCUUCUGCUGUUUCGGGCGGGUCAAUUAGUCGCGACCUGUCUCGACUGGUUGGACUUUCUCCGCCUGGAGGACAUUCUCGAGAAAGAAGUCCACGAUUUUGACACCCUCAACGCCAACACGAGCACGUUCUACCCCACGAAGACAAAAUUCCAUAAAGAAAUUCGGAAACUGUUUCAAUUUUCCCUCUUCCAAAAACCCACCAUCGUUCAUCACCCCAAAGUCUUGGAUCUCGUCAGACCCGACGAAAUGACCAAGAUACGCACCGCAAUAGAAAUCUGUACUGCUUACCUUUCCAUAGAGAACCGAGAAGAACGAAUGGUCACCAGCUUGACGGUCAAAUUACUCGAGGCAGUACCGUCCUUCACCUCCCAUUUGGAGGCGAUCAGCUGGUCCGCGUCGCAGAAGGGGUUUCUCAACCCGUCCAUUUUUGGCGAGAUUAAUCGUCCGGUUAUCCGGAGCAUUUAUCUCGAUUUGCUCUUCACAUCUUCCAACCUCCUCACCAAACUGGGCGCAUUUGUUCAUACGCUCGACUUUUCGAUUCAAACUUACAAUGCGGCUGGAGGUCAGGGGGCGGACCAUUUUGUCGACCUGAAUAAAAUGGUUAAUGAAGAAAAUCAACUGAACGACUUCGUCUCUAUUGACCCAGGGUUGGUGGCUGAAUUGAAGGCUAUUUUGACAACUCCGGAUUUUGAUAAGGUCACCGAGGCCCUCACGAAGGUGGAAGAUUUAAUCCUUCAUCCAAAAUUUGUAGAUGAGGAGGGACCCAACGUGGGAGUGACCCAUUUGCAAAGUAUCCUCUCAAUCCUGCCCCCCAUCCAGCCGGAAGACGAUACAGAUAUUCCCCCAGAAGAGGACGCGAAGAGAAUGAUGCGGUGGAAGGAAUCCAGCGAGGACAUGUUUCACAAGAUUGUGACCACUUUUGUCAAAGCGGUCGAAUGGGGUGGGGUUAUUGGCGAAAUUGAAGACUUUUUGGCAAAACGCCUCAUUCUCAAGAUAGUUGACGCCCUGUCCAAAAUCCAGUAUCCGACGUGGCAUCAGACAAUAUCGAAACAAUUCCGGGAAUUGGCAAGUAUCCAGGAUUACGAUAAGCUUGUCGAAAUAGUUGAAGGGCUGAAUGGCUUACAACUCGUAAAAGAUGCUGAGCAUCACUUCAUCUGGUCGAAUCCACCGUUUGGGAGGAUGAUUCUGGAUGCGUUGGAAUUUGACAUUGAGAAAUACUCGCUCGAUUUUUUUAACGCGGUGGUACAAAUUAAAGGAGAUGAUCCAAACGAGCCGGAAUAUAAGAGUCUGCCACCCUACAUUCCAAUCAAGAUUGCGAGAAUUCUGAGGGCGCACUUGUACAAGAAUGAGGACGGGGCGAAAUUGCCCAGGAAGGCGUGGAUGUCGUUGGAGCAGAGACGAAGGUGGCGUGGACCUGUUUUCCCAACGAAAAUGAAGACAAUGGUCACGAAGGGUUAAAAAUCUGGGUCAUUUCGACAAGAAAAUUUCAUUAGUUUAAAAAAAGUACUAAAAAAUUAACCCUUUUUUAGCAUUUCAUAUUUAGUAAAUUCUAGUAUAUAUUUACAUUCGUUCAUGCAUGCAAACCGUAAUAUAUUCCAAACAAAACAAACCAACUCUGCUAUUAAAAUUUAACAAAAACCUUAAUUUAUACUUCAUCUUAACAAUGUCAACGCAAUAUACAUACAUAUCCGAAAAUGAGUCCCCCAUAUCACAAAUACAUAAAUCUUACUUAAUAAGAAUAAACUCUUCAAUUUUAGCACCCAAAUCAACUUGUCAAAUCAAACCAAAUCCAAUUUUUGCUGUUUUAGUUUAUGGCAUAAGCUUAAAAUCCAUAUUCGGUAAAUAAUUGUGAAUAUUUCUUGCUCAGGGGAAAUCAUGUAAUUUGGCGUUAUAUAACUACGCACAUAAAGCUUGAAUGAAUCAUUACGUUGAUAAACUGAUUUGACAUUGAUGGAUCAAUUUGCACCAUUGUACGUACUGAGAAUUGGGCCCAGGUAAAGUUAGACAUUUAUUGUCCAAUGCAGAUAGAGCGAUUGACAAUGACUGGAAAACAGUCAGCACUUUGGCUUGCUCCGAUGAUAAGCAAAGCUUAUAUAAUUAUUCCAUAUGUACGAAUCAACCAAAUUCCAAUUUGAGUGUGAUGACAACUCGUACAAAGUGAGCCAGGAACAAAAUUAAGCCUUGUACCCAAUAAAUAAACAUAGUUAUGAUGACAUUUCUCCGUAAUGGUAACCCAAAAUUUCCACGAAUCAAUUGAUUGAUUGAUUCAAAUUGACAAAUUUUAUUUUAUUCGCGUCUCACUAAUCCCAGGGAGACAAGAUAAUAGCAUUACAAAAUAUGGAAAUAAGCUUAUCAUUACGAUGCAUCCAUAAGCCUGCAUUUUUACUAAAUUAGACAGAAAUGUAAAUAUAUUUAUUUGCAUCAAUCAUUCCAAUUCGUGGAUGUGGUCACCAUUUUGAAGUGCAUGCCGAUGAAUUUAGAAGCAAGCAUGCUAUUAAUAAUCUAGAAUUCCUCACAAACAAAUGACGCAUUUCUCAAUUAUUAUCAAAUUUAUGUACUUAUCUGCUCGAAAAUAAGUAAUUUACAUUAAAAACAAAGCCAUGUUUUUUCGUUUUUACAAACCCGACAGCAACAACAUUUGCGUCAAUCAAAAGAGUAAACUUUAAUAAGGAUCGAUCUCAAGUUCGACUUAUCAGUUUCGUACAGAUUCUCAUACAUGGCAGUCGUGUUAUACAUAUUUACUUAUCUUGGGAACAAUUUGCAAUGAUCGGUAACAUGAGUUAAUUUGUCCCUUCAACCUCGUCAAAUUUAUCAAUUAAAUAAUCAAUCGAUUUCAGCGAACAUGGAAUUUAUAAAAUUAUCAGUUUUUCAUUAACUCACAUAUCAAUCAAACCGACAGUUGAUCAUGCUGGUCCAUUUCCAUUUUUUCAUUCACACAACGCAAGUUGGGAGCUUAUCUUGUCUCCCUCUGUUCACCACCUCCUCAUUUGAUUUACAACUGACAUACCAUUAAUAUAAGGCUAAUACUGCCUGCCAAUUAUACAAAU